AUGGAGCCAAGGACUUUGAACUAUAUGGCCAUUACACUUCAUAUAAACAGGGAAGUUCAGGUCGUCGAAGAGGGUUUUGAACUGGUGAAGGUCCCAUGGGCCGUACUAGAAGGAAGCUCGAUUGAGAACCCGACAAUCGAGCCGUCUAGGGUGCCCGGAUAUUGGAUACAUCUGAAAGAAAAACUUCGUGAUCUGAACCACCUCUUACCACGUCAAGUUCCAGCAGCGCUCAUGACCCCAAAAGGAUAUCACUACGAUGGGAGGAUCAAGGAGUGUUACUUACCAACACUCUCCAUGACAAACAACUUAAUAGAGCAAAAUAAUUAUGGCCUGAGGCGAGUGGCAACAGCUCAUGCCUAUUUGAUCGAACAAGCUUUCAUUGAGGAUGUGCUUCUCCCGGAGCCAGCGCUCCCACAUCAGUAA